AUGGAGCAGCACGUGGGCAGGGCGCUGGAGGCCGCGUGCCGGGCAGCCACGCGGCUGGAGCCGCGCACGCCGCACCAGCUGCCCCCCGCGAGCCACCCGUGCUUCUCCGGCUGCUACGACUGGCACAGCGCGGUGCACACCCACUGGCUCCUGGCGCGCUGCCUCCGCACGCGCCCGGGCCUGCCCGCCUGCGCGCGGGCCGCCGAGAUCCUCGGGGAGCACCUCAGCGCGCGGAACGUCGCCGUGGAGGUCCAGGGCCUGGCCAGACCGGGCGGCGUCAUGGCCUCGCCGACCCUGGCAGGGGUGGCCGGGGAGGCGCAGACGCCGAUCUUGGCCCGGCUCGGUGGGGUGGUCGGACGACGUCGCCCGCACAGCGAGCCGCCAGGCUGGGAGGCGCCCUACGGCCACGCGUGGCUCCUGGCCCUUGCCGGCGAGCUCGCCGAGGGCGCCGCCGCGGGAGGCGCGUGGUCCGCGGCGUGCGCCGCUGGCCUCCAGGCGCUGCGGCCGCUGGAGCGCGCGGUGCGCGAGCGCUUCCACGGCUGGGUCCGCGGCCUGGAGGCGCCCAACCGCGGCGGCGUCCACGGGAACACGGCCUUCGCGCUGCUGCUGGGCAUCAGGUAUGCUCGGUCGUGCCCAGAGCGGGGCGACGCCGCGGGCUUCCUGCUGCGCGCCUGCCGCGAGGCCGUAGCCCGCUUCUUCGGGGCUGGAGCCCUGCCGCCGCCAGAUCCUGGCCCCGGCGUGCCCUUCCUCGACGCGGAGCUCACGGAGGCGCUGGUCGUUGCCGAGGCCCUCGGCGACGGCGCGGCGGUGCCCGCGUGGCUCGACGGCGGCACGGUGGAGCGCUUCACGAGCCGGGCCCCUGCCGACGGGGACCCGCACGACGUCAAGACGUGCCACCUCAUCGGCAGGAACUUCGCCACCGCCGAGGCCCUCGCCGAGCUCGCCGCGCGCCUCGCCGCCGGCGCCGCCGCCCCCGGCGGCGCCGGCAGCCCUGCGGCAGAGGCCGAGGCCGCGGGCCUCCUCUCCGCGGCGCGGCGGCACUUUGCCGCCGGCGCGCCGCACCUCGACUGCGGCGGGUGGAUGGGCGACCACUGGGUCGGCACCUUCGCGCUGCUCGCGGCCGAGGCGCUGGGCCGCGCGGAGGCCGCGCUCGCCGCGCUGGCGCGGGCGCCCGCGGGGCCGCCCGAGAAGCGGCCGCGCCCCGGGCCGGCCGCCGCGGGGGCACCGCCGCGGCGGCGGCUGCUGCUGCACGGCGGGCGGGUGGUGCAGGUCGAGGCCGACGGGCGCACGCUGCGGCCGCGGGCCUGGCUCCUCGCGGAGGACGGCGUCGUGAGCCGAGCGGGCGACGAGCCGCCGCCGCGGGAGCUCCUCGAGGGCAGCGAGCUCGUGGACCUGCGCGGGCGCGUGGCGGUGCCCGGGCUCUUCGACGCGCACGUCCACGUCUUUUCGCUGGGGAAGGAGGGCCGCGUCGUGGACCUCUCGGGCUGCACGUCCAUGGAGCAAUUGCAGGAGCGAGUGCGCCAGGGCGCCUCGGACCCCCGUUUCGCGCGCGCCCUGGGCCCCUACCUGCGGUGCGGUCACUGGGACCAGGACGAGCUCGGCCGGAUGCCCACGCGCGCGGACCUGGAUGCCGCCUGCCCCGACCUGCCGGUGGUGGCCGACCGGCGGUGCUUCCACGUGUCCGUCGUGAACACGCGCGCCCUCGAGGAGCUGGGGCUCGGCCCGGACACUCCGGACCCCGCUGGAGGCACGAUCGACCGCGAGGGCGGGGGCGUGGGCCGAGGCCAGCCGACCGGCGUGCUCCGAGAGGGGGCCCUGGAGCUGCUGAAGCCGCUGACGGGCCAGCAGCUGCCCCUGGCCGACAAGAAGCAGCUGCUGCUCGACGGCCUGCGGUGCUGCAUGGAGCGCGGCGCCACGGCAGUCCAGACGAACGACUCCCAGGAGAUCGGCGACAUCGCCGGGUCGUGGGACGCGUACGCCGAGCUCGCCGACGAGGGGCGCCUCCCGUGCCGCGUCUUCCUCACCGUGGGCCACGCAGAGAUCGGGACCGGCAGCGCGCCGCCGGUGCCCCUGGUGCACGAGUCGGGGCUCCUAUCCUGCGAUCGCGCGAAGAUCUGGACCGACGGCGCGAUGGGCGCACGGACGGCCGCCAUGUUGGAGCCAUACGCUGACGACCCCGGGAACACGGGGAACCUGAGCAUGAGCCCAGACGAGAUCAGCGCCGCCGUGGCCAAGGCGAAGAGGCACGGCUUCCGCCUCGAGGCGCACGCCAUAGGGGACCGCGCUGCGCAGGAGGUCCUGAAGGGGUUCGCCGAACAUCUGCAGCCAGCAGAUAGGCCAGUCAUGACUCACUGCCAGGUCUUGAAUGCCGACCUCGUCGGUCGCAUGGCCCAGCAGGGCGUCGUAGCGAACGUUCAGCCACAGUUCGUGCCCUCGGACGCGUACGGCGUCGCCUCGCGGCUUGGCGCGGGGACGGAGAGGCUUCGGCAUUCGUACGCUUGGCGGACGCUGCGGGAACGUGGUGUGCGGCUGGCAGGCGGCAGCGAUGCACCGGUGGAAGCCCCAGACCCGAUCGCGGGGAUACGUUGCGCGAUGACGCACGAGUCGGACCCCGAGGUGCCGUGCAGCACGCCGCUCGCCGCUGCGCAGCGCUUGGACCUCGGCGACGCCCUGGGCAUGUACACGGCGGGGGCGGCCUUUGCGGCGCGCGCCGAGCGCUUCCUGGGCUCGCUGCGCGAGGGCGAGGAGGCCGACUUCGUGGUGCUGCCCGCCGCCGUCGGCUGGCCGCCCCCGCCCGAGGACCUCGUGGGCGUCGCGCCCGACGAGGUCUGGGUCCGCGGCCGCUGCGCUCGGCGCCGCGCGCCCGCCGCCGGGCCCCUGCCCCCCGCCCCCGGCGCCGCCGCCGCCGCCGCGGCCGCCAGGGCCGGCGUGCGAG